AUGGACUUGGGUGACCACUUCGAACGUUCCGGGCCGACGCAUUUGAUGGCAAGAGCCGGCUCCGGUUCUAUUCGGAUGAUGAUUGACUGGGACAAAGAGGAGCACCGCCGCUGCGUCGCCGCUAGCCUUGUCAACAGCACGUACGUCAUGGAGAAGGACCGCGGCAGAUGGAGCAGGGCGCAACUCGCGCCGGCGUGGUGGACGAGCUUUCACUUUCACUUGGAGCGCACGCGCCUACUUGAGGACGAACGUUCCAUCUUUGGCGCUAUCUACAGGCACGUGCCGCCGCCGGGCCAGCAUCAUCCCUCCGCUCCACACUACAUCGUCGCCUUCAGGGGCACCAUGACAGUAGAUGACAUGCAGCUUAACGCACACAUCGUGACCAACACCGUGCAUGACUCCAACCGCUCGCAGCUCGCUCACCAGGCGGUCCGCAACCUCCUCGCCACAGUCCACAGCCGAUGCAUCGUCUGGCUCACAGGCCACUCUCAGGGUGCGUCGCUGGCGCUGGAGGUGGGGCGGCACCUAAUGCUAGACCACCGGCGCAACCUCCCGACCUUCCUCUUCAAUCCGCCGCAGGUAUCGCUGGCGCCCGUCAUCAACUUGACGCAUUCGCCGGACGACAAGACGGACCUGUACACCUUGAGCAAGCUCGUCAAGGCUGGCCUCGGGAAGGUCCUCCGUCCCCACCGGAAGCGCAUGGAGAAGCUGUUCGAGCAGCUGUCCUCGUGGGCACCCAACCUGUACGUGCACGAGAAGGACUUCCUGUGCCAGGGCUUCAUCGACUACUUCGAGCAGAGGGAGAAGCUGGAGAGGCGCUUCCGCGGAGCUGCCAGGUCGGCAACGGCACUCUCCUACCGUGACAUGCUCUUUUACCUGCUCGGCAAGGCCAAGGAGCCGAGGCCGCACCUCCUGCCAUCAGCAACGGUGUGGAAAAACUCGACCCAUGUCUGCCGCCUUCGCUCACAUGGUCUCAAGCAAUGGUGGAAACCGGACGGUGAACUUAUCUUGACCCCAAGGCGUUACACAUAUUAA